AUGAUACUAGGACUCGGGGUGGACCUCGUCCAUAUCCUGCGGUUCUCCCGGCUCCUUGCCAAAGGUGAGCCAUUCACGAAAAAGCUAUAUGAAAGAAUACUCCAUCCUCGGGAACUCAGUCAAUUAAAGCUCCUAGAUGAGAAGUCAACCACUCGGUUUAUCGCAGGCAGCUGGGCUGCCAAAGAAGCUGUAUUCAAGACAUUGGAGGAGAAGGAGCAGGCGACUUUUCAGUUCAAGCAGUGGUACCGUUAUAAAGAGGGUAAACGGCCGGCUAUUGGCUCAGAAACAAGUAAUGACUCUUUCAUGUUGAGCAUCUCUCACGAUGACGACAUGCUCAUAGCCACUGUGCUACGGCAGGGUCCAGCAAAGAAAUAG